AUCAGAGCGCGGCAGCUGCGGAUACACAAAACUGAGACAAACUGCGUGUUAGAAAUCAUUCAACACAUGUCUAAGAGGCGGUUUGACACCUUCUCGGUCGCUAAGAGCUGCUGCGGAGUGUGAUUGAAAGCAGAAGACGCGAUUUUUUAAAAAAAAACAAAAAAACCCAAACAUCGGUUUGUAAACGACUCCAGGACGCCGAGCUCAGUUAAAGUCUCCUCACAUGCGAUGAAAGACAUGGACCUCUUCAACGGUGCCCCUGCAGAGGAGCCAACACCCAUCCCCGAGAUCGGCGCGCUCCUGCCCGGCGCGCUCCCCCACUUCCCUGCGCCGGAUCGAGGCCUGUCAUCAGAGUUCGACCUGAUUGAAGGAAUUAUCUCAGAGGACAACAGUCGGUCAGCUGGUCGCCUCCCUGGUCCUCCUCCUCCUCCUGCCAGCCUCCGCUGUCAGACUCCCCUCAGUCAGAACCACAGGAGACACAGCUCCUCGCCCACUUCCACGCCGAUGCUGGUGGCAAGAGGCGCUGCAUGUAAGCCAAGCUACUCUGCACUGCAGGGGACGUUGUGUUCUAGCAGAGACAUGGCGUCGCCUCAUCCUUCCCGGGUUCCAUCCUCCUCCUCAUCCUCCUCCUCCUCAGCCGGUCGUGGUCGAGUCUCCUCCUGUUCGUUGGCCUCAAAGAGUUCCGCCGUUUCCUCUCAGAACCAAGGCGACACCGAGAUGCUGGAGCGGAUUCUGGAGAAGCCCAAGAUGGUGGUGGUGGAGGAGCCCAAAGACAGAGGGAUGAGAUUUCGCUACGAGUGUGAGGGACGCUCGGCCGGCAGCAUCCUGGGGGCGUCCAGCACCGACAGCAACAAGACUCAGCCUGCGAUAGAGAUUCAGGGUUCCAUUGACCACUUAAAGAGGGUCACAGUUACAGUUUCCUUGGUGACCAAAGACCUCCCACACCGGCCUCACCCCCACUGCCUUGUGGGUAAAGACUGUCCAAACGGUUCAGGAAUCUGCAAGGUCACGUUCAAUCCUCACAACAACCGACGUCACAGCUUUGCUAACCUUGGUAUUCAAUGUGUGAGGAGGAGAGAGUUGGACAUUUCACUUCAGAAGAGAAGAAACCAAAAUAUUGACCCCUUUCAAACUGGUCACUCAAAGGGCAUUGAAGACAUGGACAUGAAUUCGGUUCGUCUGUGUUUUCAGUGUGAGCUCGAGUGGGACGACGGCAGGAAAGACUCUCUGAGCCCGGUGGUGUCCAAACCCAUUUAUGACAAGAAGGCCACGACUACGUCACAGCUGAAGAUCUGCCUGUUGAACCAGUACAGAGGUUCCUGCACCGGCAAGACGGAGAUCUACAUGCUGUGUGACAAAGUGCAGAAAGACGACAUAGAGAUCAUCUUCAGGCGAGGGUCGUGGAAGGCGAACGGUGAGUUUGCCCAGACAGACGUCCACCGGCAGAUCGCCAUCGUCUUCAAGACGCCGCCUUACCAGGACCAGGGCCUCUCAGAGGAAGUCGAGGUCAACGUCGUCCUGCGUCGCGUCUCAGACCAGAUGGAGAGCGAGCCGGUUACCUUCACCUACCUGCCACACAACCGGGAUCCAUACGAUGUGAAGCGGAAGAGAGCGACAAUAAAGUCAGACGUCAGAAUCACAGAUAAACCCUGCGUGAUGGCUGAGACGGCACCUUCAUCAGAACCACCCAUCCCCUUCCUCCUGGGGAAUCAGAACAUGAUGGCUGCAGAUGAAACGCCAUGCACUGCUCAGGCCGUCGCUGCUGCUGCUGCUUUGCCAGAAAUGUGUCACAGUGAGCCCCAGGACUCCAAUUCCACAGACGAUGCUGCCUUAAUAAACCAGCUGAUGGAGAUACCUGAGAUUUGGCAAGUGUUGAAUGACCCAAACUUCACCUUUGCCAACAUGGAUAUGAACUUCAACCCGAACUUUUCCUCGUACCCGCAGGACUUUUCCCAAUACAGCGACAUGCAGUUCAACAUGCUCGUCUGCGAGAACCACAUUCCGCAGUCGGAGCAACAGGACGGCAUGGUUCCGAUGAACAUGGAGGAGGACAGCAGGGUUCACCUGAAUCAGGGCAUUCUGAACCCCGCCAUGCAACAGGACAGCAUGGUUCACGUGAAUCAUGGCCUUCUGAACCCCGCCAUGCAACAGGACAGCAUGGUUCACCUGAAUCAGGGCGUUCUGAACCCCGCCAUGCAACAGGACAGCAUGGUUCAGGUGAAAAUGGAGGAGGAGCAGCUAUGAGAAAGUCUGGACCAUGUAGCACGGUUAAGGCCCAUUCAUCGUUUCCACGAGCCCAAUGCGGACUUUGAAAGCAGACAGAGGGCUUGCGUGGCUUUCUGUUCAUACUACAAAAGGUACACAUCAGCCUACUAUGCGGAUUUGGCAGGAUGAUGAAAUGUCGUCACGUGAACCUUGCAACCUGGAAAGCAUGAAUUGGCCUUUAGCACGCUCUGUCUGUUGUCCUUUGACAUUUUGGGCAGUUCACAUUCUUAGCAGUCUUAGGUACCACUGUCAUGUCUGUACAGAAGAUAUGAAGCUCCAGCUAACUGAUUGUUAGAUUAGCAUCAAAUUGAAAAUAGGGGGAAAUGGUCUCGCUCUCAGUUUUUGUGUAAUCAAACAAACGAAACUGAUCUUUCAAGGCUUUGGUAGUCACUUUGAUGGAGCAGUGCCCGCUGUGUCCCCUUGUUUCUAAUGUUCAUGCUAAGCUAAUCAGUUAGCUUCAGCACAUUGAAUUUGGUAUCAAUUGACUCAUAAAGUGCAGUUUAUGUUGGCCCAAGACCAAGAUGAAGCAAUUCACCUCCUUUGUUCCAGCUGCUUGCACUUUAUAAUGUGCUUGUAGACUCAUUUGGUUUCACAAUUCUGCACUGUUGCUCUUUUUAUUUAGUUUCGUCUUAAAGCCUUGCUGGCCGAGGCUUUAGCAACCAAGUGCAGCUUAACAUUCCUUAAUAUUUCCCAUAAAUGCUGCAAGCAUUAAUUUUAAAGCUGAUAAGUCCGAAGUGGGUGAUUCUCUGUUAGCGUGAAGCUUAAAAAGAGAACACAUUAACUUCUCCAUGCAACCUGGGAACAAUAAAACUUCCAUAAAUUGCCGUCGAUUCUAGUAAAUCAUUGGCUGAACUAUCAGUCAUGUAAUAUUUGUGCAUUGUCUGUUUUGUUUGCUUCAGUGUGAUUUUGGGAAAACAGUCCGCCUUCCUUCUCAAAGUUGGCAGCAGUUCAAAAGGAAUUUUUUCUUAAAGUCUCAAGUUCAAUAGUAUGAGGUUCUGUCUUUACGUCAGUUAUUGCUCUCUGUUGAUGUGGCCAUCACAGCAGCUGUUAAAUAUUUAAUCUACUUAACUAUAAUAGAAGCGCCUCCUCCUCCUUUUCUUAGCUCUGUUUAUGUCAGUUCCCUUUGUUCUGCAGUUUCACUCUCGUGCAUUUUACAUUUCCAGUGUCACAUGUGCAACUCUGCCCCCUCACUGUAGUGUAAAUAUGUAGAAGAAAAAAUAAAGUCUGUUGUGUGUUA